UCAAUUAGUUGUUUUAUAUGUAAAUUCGAAUUGAAUGUUGUUGUUUUCAAUUACUUGAUUAAUUUUUAAUGAAAUUAGAUUAUUAAAAACCAAGGAAAUUAGGUUUUGAUGAAUAAUUUCGAACAAAAAAAAUUAAGAAACGAUUAUUGUUUGUGUUACUGCUUUGUGUGUGCGACUGUGUGUGUGUUAGAGAGACUGUUUGUGUGUAAAUCUUGUAUUUAAUCAAUCGCUUUGAUCUAUUAAUACAUCUAUCUGUUUGUCUAAACUACUAAAUUGAAUUUUGGUGGUGAAAUAAUAUGUGACUAUAAGGAUUUGUUAGUGGGAUGGUAUAGCUCUGCCAAACAUUCCAGACCAACAAUAUACUUUGGUAUAUUGAAAACAUUAUUGUCUUGGGAUAUUGAACAUUAAUCUAAUAGCAGCGUUUCUUGCUAUUAGAGUACAUGCAUGUCUAAUUGGGGUACACUAGCUGAGUAUGUCAAGCUGCUGUUUAAUAGCUAAAGAUUCUAAUUGGGGGACACUAGCCGAGUAUGUCAGGCAGCUGUUUUUCUCUUUAAAGCGUGUGUAAAUUUGUGUGUGCAAGUUAAUUGAGAUAACCGUCACAUUGAGAAUACUGUUGUUUUUGUUAUAGUUAUUGAUUCUAUGAUGAACGUUGUUGUGGUUGUUGUUGUGUUGAACGCUAUUAUUGGCAAGUUAUUGUUGUUGUUAUUGCUUCAAUGUUGAACUAGUCGAGUACAUCAGGUUGUUUUAGUUGUUGGUGUGUUGUAAUUGUAGUUGCUUGUUACUUAUCUUGGUCUAAUAGUCAUGCAAAUGUGCGUAUCAAGUGGCUGAAUUUCAUCCUUUUGCUUUGUUGUAUGUUCUUGAUAGAAUAUAAAGGCCAAGAUUGCAAUCAAAAUCUGAAACACUACUUUGUUGUUUUAGUUGUUGGUGUGUUAUAUAUAUAUAUGCUGCAAAUACAUCAUACUGUGAAUUUUGCUGAGGUUGUCAUUUACCACUGUCUGUGUGUGUGGAGUGGUAAUUAGGCCUAUAGCUGGUUGUAAUUCUUCAUUGGUUUGUUAAUAUAGCCAAUAAUGUAGUGUCUUGUUUAAUCAUUUUUUUUCUUCAAUUUUUUGUUUGUUUGUUGUUGCAUAACUGUAUAAUCCUCUUUAAUGAUCUGUAGUGACUCUUUCUAUAGUACUCGAACUUGGGUAGAGUUGACACAUAUACAUUUGGUCUACGUGUUAGAUUGGUUGUUACAUAAUUUUUUUUUCUUUUUAAGUUCUAGGUUUCUGGAGAUGAGGGUAUAGUUAGAACACUUAGACGUAGUUGUGACUUGUGAGGGAUGUUUUAACACUCGUAAACAACGAUAAUUGAUUGAUAAACAACCAAGUCAGAAUUUUAGACAAGCCUAACUUCCCAAACUUCUUCUGUUUACUGCUGAAAGGAAGGAAAACAGAGAGAAAGAACAAGCUGUCCAUUAAGUAUCCCUGCACCCCCCUGCCUGACCCAUAUGUUCCUCCCAAAACCCAUUUACCAAAGGUCAAUUUAACAAAAAAUCAGUUUUUGUACAAAGAAUCUUACCUGCUUUUAUUUCUCAUACUUAUUAGUUGUUAAUUGUAGAUUAUGCUUUCAUGUUUCUUGCGACAUUAUCAAUUAUGUAGGUCCCAACUAAAUGUCGUCUUGCUUUAGUUGAUGAGUUCAGUGAGAACUCAGUGAUUGUGGCCGAUGGAUCGGCAAAACCUUGUCCUAGAUGAGUGAUUCAUAACAAGAAAAUGAACCGUGACAUCUAUAGAGUUAGUGUUGACCAUGUUUACAGUAAUUAUUCUCACCUAAAUCUCGCAGAAGAGACUGAUGACGGUAUCACUAUGUUGGGUGAGGUGAAAGGUUUUUUUUUGGGGUAGCCGACAGAUUUAGUCUUCUUUACUGAUGAGGUUAUGACUUUGGCAAAAAAGACGGAUAAUGAAUUGGUGAAAACCAAAGAGAAAGUUGAUAGUUGCGGACCUAUUAAAUCAGAGCAUUCAACUAUUAAAGGCAAAGGCAUAACUAUUCCGGAAAAUAUUGUUGAGAGUCUUGGUAAACAUUGUUCUAUGUUGUAUUAUUGCAUGACUUCAGGAAGUGGAGAUUAUGAUACUACGAUAAUUCCAUUGAAGGCUCCAUUGUUUUAUAAAAAGGAAGACACACAAAUUUAUGUUACUAGUGAUGAUGUCUCUGAAUUACUACGAGGAGCAUGGGCAAAUAUUUCAUUAAUCCAUGUCUACAUAUUGUACUUAAUUGAAGAGCAUAUCUCAUUAUUUCAGAAGACUAAAAUCAAAUUCUUGUGCUCCCAAAAAAUUUCUGCAGAUGAAAUCAAGAAAGAUUUCCUUGAAGUCCAAAUGUAUUUGAAAAAUGCUUUUCUUACUAAAUUAAGGAAAAAAGAUGCACAAUGCAAAUUCAUUUUGGCUCCAUAUAUGGAAGCGAAUCAUUGGGUACUCUAUGUGAUUGAUUUGCAUAUGAGUCUUGUGUAUGAGUUUGAUUCUGUUAUUCAAUCACCUCCGAACGCUCGAAACUCAGAGUUGUCCAAAGUAAUGAAGAUACCUUACAAUGUAUAUAGGUCUCACGUUAAAGGAAAUUCUAUCAAAACGAGUAAGCCACAAUUAUUACACAUAAGAAUGGAGCUCUUAAUGUUGAUGUUGUUAUGCGCCUCCAGUCCUAUUGUUGUGGUUAUGCUCCCAUUGUAAUAAUUUUUUUUACUAUAAAACAUUACAAGAAUUUAUUAAUGGAAAGCCAAGUUUACAUAUAUGUAAGUCAUUGUGUAUCAAUUUAAGUAAUAAAUAAAGCAAUUAAAAAUUUAUUAUUU